AUGACUUCUACAACAACUUCUUCGGCCACAAUUGUUAAUUCAACACUUGCACUUUCGACGCGUAAGUUAGAAAGUUGGGGUUGAAUACGCGCUCCAUCGCACUGGUGCCCGCGAGAAAGUUUUUUUUCAAAAUUUUUGAAUUCCCAUUCAAUACGCGCUCCAUCGCACUGGUGCCCGCGAGAAAGUUUUUUUUCAAAAUUUUUGAAUUCCCGUUCAAUACGCGCUCCAUCGCACCCGCGAGAAAGUUUUUUUCAAAAAUUUCGACGUUAAAAGUGAAAAUUUUGAAUUCCCUCCAUUUUUAUGUGACGCGGCGCGGUUUGCGUUGCGUGUUUAUGUAGAUGGAGCGCGUGAUGAAUUGAAAAUUAUGUUCUGCAACCCUGGCACAUUUUUUCUUGUGUAGGAAAAGUGUGCCAGGGUUGCAUUGUGUAAAAAAACCCCAGUGUGUAAAAAAACCCCGAAAAAUAUAAAUCACGUACUUUUCGAGCUACCGUAGUUCGGAAAAAGCGCGCGAAUCAAAUAUUUGAAUUUGGCAACUUGGACACAUAGUUUAUGCAACCCUGGAACACUUUUCAAAUUGCUAACAAUAAAAAAGUGUGCCAGAGUUUGCAUACAACCAAGGUUCGUGGCGAGACCAAUUUCGAGAACCCGCGCAAAUAUUUCUGUGCGUACACUGCGACGAACAAUUGCACAGUUUUUAUCAAUACCGUACCCCCUGUUUUUCAUUGCAGAAAUCCCAACACUCCUGGAAACGCUGGCCUCUCUCCAACUCCCCACCUAUCCUUCCACAUCAACCGAAGUCUUUCAAUUCCCACCGCCACCUCUGCCACGUGUCAUUCCGCCAAUCACAAUCGAUCCGAUUCCAGUUCAGGUAGCUUUUAUUUUUUUAUUUUUUGAUUUUUACUAUGAAAAAAAUUUUCCUGGGGGAAUUACGUGAUAAAAAUUUCACCUGUCAUGAUUUUUGGAUUACUUUGAUGUGCGAGAUUAGAACAUAAACUACGGUAGCGGGAGGGGAGAAAUCCGAUUACGAAUUUGAAUUUUUUGGAGGGCUCUGGAAUUUUCUGGAAGCUAAAAACAAAUAUAAUUUACGUCAGAACUUUUGAACUUGACAUUUUUUCAAAUACCAAAAUCUCAAUUUUUGUUUACAAGUUUCAUUUGCAAAAAAAAAACUAAAAUACAAUUAGCUCGAUUUUUUUUUCGAAAAUAAAUUGUAUUUAGAACAAAUCACUAGACUUCUUCUAAUACUAAACACAUUUUGGAAUCAGCUGUUUUUUAAUCAAAUUUUUAGAGAAAAUAACGAGCAAGAAAUAUUAUAGAAAUCAAAAAGAAAAAAUGGGGAAAAAAGUACAGUAGUUGUUCGGUGCGGGACCCACAGUUGGCGCGAACUAAAAAAAAUUCAAAUUUUGUUUUUUCGCUCUAAUUUUGCUACGUGGAUUUUCUAGCGCAAAACAAAAAAAUUCAAAUUUUGUAUUUUCGCGCAAACUUUGCCAUGUGGAUUUUUUUCGAAUCUGGUUUUUUCGCUCCAGUUUUGCCACGUGGGUUUUCUGACGCAAAACGAGAAAAAAUCUGAAAUUGCAUUUUUCUCUCUAAUUUUGCCACGUGGAUUUUCAUUUGAGCAAAACGAGAAAAUUUCGAAAUUUUAUUUUUCGCUAAAAUUUUGCAACGUGGAUUUUCAUUGGCGGGAAACGAGAAAAAUUCAAAUUUUGUAUUUUCGCGCAAAUUUUGUCACGUGGAUUUUCAUUGACGCGAAUCGGAAAAAUUCAAAUUUUGUUUUUUGAAAACCAAUUGGUGGCCUAGAAAUAUCACACAUAUGGAAGAGAAAACCAAAUAUACAGUAGACUUGGUUUUCUAGGCCACCUCUUCCAAGGGUCUUUUUUUCUCUGUGUCUCUCUCUCUCUCUCCCUCUCCCUCUCUCUCUCUCUCUCUCUCUCUCUCUCUCUCUCUCUCUCUCUCUCUCUUUCUCUAUCUUUCUCGAUUUAACCUGUUAGAGACGCAGAGUUGGACCGUAUUUCGGAAAAAAGUAAAAGCUUCUGAUCUACAAUUUUUCUCGCCACGUCAUAACCCUGAUUCUUCCAGCCAUCAAUCCUGCCACCAUCAAGCCUUCUCUCAAACCUCUCCCCAACCGCUCUCACACCAGCUCUCGCCAAUCUUCUCUCAGCCACCACCGGUCCAAAUCGUCGACUCUCAUGCCCAGAAACUGUCUCGAACAACAUUCUCCUAGAUGUUCCAAGCUCCGAAAGACGUCGAUUUUCCGAUGGUUAUACUGUGGAUGCGCUUUUGCGGGAGGCCUAUAUUCCAAUGACACCGGCGUCUUUUCUACAAGCACAUGCUCAAGUUCAGGCGCAAGUCGCGCAGGUUCAACGACAACAACAUCAGCCGCUGAUUUACCCGGGAAAUGGUGGUGAGAUCAAUGUUGCUCCAGUGAGAAGAGCAAGUUUGACGACCAGAAAACAACGAACAAUUUAUGGCAGUCGACAGACUGAGCAAUUGGAAGACGCAUUUCACAGUCAAAAAUAUAUGGUUGGAGCUGAACGCGAGCAACUUGCACAUCGACUUGGAUUGACUGAAUCGCAGGUUCGAGUUUGGUUUCAGAAUCGCCGGAGCAAACAUCGGAAAUUGAGCAGGACUGAUGGACCAUCAACGUCAACUUCGCAAGAAUGA